AUGAACGCCGCGAAAUCGUCGCUCGCUCGGCGAGCUGUGUCAUCACGACCACUAGCAGCUCCGUCACUUCGAAAAAUAAUCACUCCCUUGAUCGCGAGAGGGCCAAGGCCUGCCAUCAUUCCCUGCACCGUUCUGCCGGCAUGCUCCCCCAUACGGACUUAUGCCAAUGGAAGACCACAUCCUCCAGGAGGCACGCAUCGCAUGAAUCUCGGAGGAGAGCCAGAAAAGCCUGCAUUGGAAGAAUAUGGUGUCGACUUGACAGCUCGAGCACGGGAUGGUAAACUCGACCCCGUCAUCGGAAGAGACGGAGAAAUACAUCGGACAAUUCAGAUUCUUUCCCGACGAACCAAGAACAAUCCUGUCUUGAUCGGUGCGGCCGGGACGGGUAAGACCGCCAUCCUGGAAGGCCUCGCCCAGAGGAUUGUGAGAGGCGAUGUUCCCGAAAGCAUCAAGAAUAAAAGAGUCAUUGCCCUUGACUUGGGCCAGUUGAUAGCAGGUGCUAAGUUCCGAGGUGACUUCGAGGAAAGACUGAAGAAAGUCCUCAAAGAGGUGGAAGAGGCUCAGGGAGGUGUUAUUCUCUUUGUCGAUGAACUGCAUACACUCCUUGGGCUUGGAAAGGCAGAAGGUUCUAUUGACGCUAGCAACCUUCUCAAGCCAGCGUUGUCCCGGGGCGAAUUACAAUGUUGUGGCGCAACAACGUUAAAUGAAUACCGCCAGAUUGAAAAGGAUGUCGCCCUUGCUCGACGUUUUCAGCCAAUUCAGGUCGGUGAACCAUCGGUGCAAGACACCAUCUCUAUCUUGCGAGGUAUCAAGGAUAGAUAUGAGGUUCACCAUGGCGUCCGCAUUACUGACGGCGCACUGGUCGCCGCUGCAACCUAUAGUAAUCGCUACAUCACCGAUCGAUUUCUCCCGGACAAAGCUAUUGAUCUAGUCGACGAAGCUGCUUCGGCCUUAAGGUUGCAACAAGAAUCCAAACCCGAUGCCAUUCAAAAGCUCGACCGGGAGAUCAUGACGAUUCAGAUCGAACUGGAAUCUCUGCGCAAAGAGACGGAUAUCGCUUCGAAAGAACGGCGGCAAAAGUUGGAAGAAACCCUCACAGAGAAGAAAAGGGAAGUCGACCGUCUGACCGAGAUCUGGGAUCGCGAGAAAGCAGAAAUUGAAGCCAUCAAGCGGACCAAAGAAGAUUUGGAGAAAGCACGACAGGAGCUGGAGCAGGCUCGACGAGAAGGAAAUUUCGCCCGGGCUGGUGAACUACAGUAUGCCACGAUUCCCAAACUGGAAUCGCAAUUACCUCGAGAAGGAGAGGAAGUAUCGGCCACCACCAAGAACGGAGAGACCUUAAUCCACGACUCCGUGACGGCUGAUGAUAUCGCCAACGUCGUGAGCCGCACAACUGGAAUUCCAGUCACCAAGCUCAUGGCCGGGGAAGUAGAGAAACUCAUCAAAAUGGAGGAUAAGUUGCGGGAGCAUGUCCGAGGUCAGGACGAAGCUCUAACGGCGGUUGCCAAUGCAGUCCGGAUGCAACGGGCCGGCCUGAACGGUGAAAACCGUCCGCUCGGCAGUUUCAUGUUUCUGGGGCCUACGGGUGUUGGAAAGACUGAACUCUGCAAACAAAUUGCCAAUUUCCUCUUCAGCUCGGAGUCGGCGGUGGUGAGAUUCGACAUGUCCGAAUUUCAAGAGAAGCACACCGUGUCGCGGCUCAUCGGAGCAACUGCGGGCUACAUUGGCUAUGAAGAUGCAGGGCAAUUGACGGAGGCGGUACGACGGAAACCUUACGCGGUCCUGCUUUUCGACGAAUUCGAGAAAGCGCAUCGCGAUAUUUCCAGCCUGUUGCUGCAGGUCUUGGACGAAGGCUUCUUGACGGACAGCCAGGGCCACAAAGUCGAUUUCCGAAACACGCUGAUCGUUUUGACGAGCAACCUUGGUGCUGAAAUUCUCAUGGGUACCGGGGCCGACAUCGAGACGGUAACACCCGAGCAGAAAAAAGGGGUCAUGGAAGUGGUGCAAGCCAGUUACCCACCUGAAUUCCUCAACCGCAUUGACGAAUUCAUCAUCUUCAACAAACUAUCGAAAUCCGCGUUACGGGAUAUUGUGGAUAUACGGAUCAAAGAGCUCCAGGCUCGACUCGACGAUCGCAGGAUGAAACUUGACAUCUCAAGCGACGUGAAAGAUUGGUUAUGCGAGAAAGGCUAUGAUCCCAGGUAUGGCGCCAGGCCCCUGAAUCGCUUGAUCCAGCAUGAGAUUGGAAGGAAGUUGGCGGACAAGAUCAUUCGCGGCGAGUUGACGACCGGACAAGUGGCCAAGGUGGUGGUCGCUAAGAAUAGAGAGUCAUUGGAAUUGAAGGUUGGGAAAUAA